AUGGCAUCCAAAUCGGCAUCCCGUGGCCCCGCCGGCAUCACAAGAGCCUACCUCUUCACGUAUAACACCCUCAACCUCCUCGCCUGGGGUGGUUGCGUCGUCUAUGCCGCCUCUCUCCUCCCAGCCAACAUCGAUAAUCUACCCAAUGUCUUCAAAUGGACAUUCUCGCCGCUGCUCGCGACGCAGUCGCUCGCACUGCUGGAAGUCGUGCACAGCAUCAUCGGACUGGUGCGCGCACCAUUCAUGACAACCGCCAUGCAAGUGGCUAGUCGGUUGUUGCUUGUUUGGGGUAUCAUGGCUCAAUUCGGAGGCCAGAUUGUUGGUGCACGAUCGACCCAGCUGGGCGAUUAUGCUUAUUUGGGCUGUGUUGCUGCGUGGGGCAUCACGGAGGUCAUUCGCUACGGGUUCUUUGCUAUUACUUUGUCGGGCAAUUCGGUGCCCAGCUGGUGGACUUGGUUGCGGUUGGUGUUUUCCACUGUUGAGGGGAGCUCGGUUGCUGACUUUUGCAGGUACAAUACUUUCUACAUCCUCUACCCGAUUGGUAUUACAAGCGAGUGCACCCUGAUUGUUCAGGCCCUCGGCCCUGCUGCUGAGUUGGACCCAUUGUUCCAAUACGCGCUUAUUGCUAUUCUGGUGAUCUAUGUUCCUGGCUCUUACAUCCUGUACACACACAUGAUUGCUCAGCGACGCAAGGUUCUGCGUGGCAAGAAGCGCGCGGAUUAG